AUCGGAUCUAGUGUUCCAGUGCGAAAAAAGAAAGCUUCCUAGCUGCAAACACCCCCGACCUCUGGGGCCGAUCAGCAAGCACCAGCAGACCUUGGAACUACUAGGACGUCAGCAAGGACCCGACCCCGAAUUGAAACGACCUUGGUGACACCGACCACACAACCGACGCCAGCCCCAGCCGACCAUUCAAUCGGACCUUUGGUCCAGACCAAUUUGCCAAUGAGCAGUCGGGCGGAGGACCCGACAAGGAGGCAAACUCUUCCUCCCGUACCGAGGAGUGGUCGGGCCAGGCACCCGACCAGGAGACAAUCUUUACCAGCAGUGCCUAUAGAACCAACACCUUCACCCAUCGCAUCAACAGCAGGGGUCACUUCAGACAGCGAGGGGACUACUUCCCAGAUGGGUCAACCGCCAUACAUGGCAUCAGACUCAUCCAUUUCGAAGGAAGAACCAGCUGCCCUUGCCGAAGCUGACCCUCAAGAUGACGUCCCUGAUGCUGCUGAUCUUGAAAUCGUCCAAUCGGAUGCAGCCACACUGGGAACCGAAAGUGCCCCAGCUGCGGCUAUCCCAGAUGCUUCAGAGAUCCCGGCUGCAGUGGCACCAGAUGCGGCCGCCCAACCUGCAGCCGCCCAGCCAGCAGCGGCGCUACCUCCAGCAAUCGAGUGGCAGGCAGAAGAACCACCUGUGGCAGCCCAACCUCCAGAAAUGGAAGAAGUGUCUUCGUCCGAUUCGGAGACUUCUGUGAAUUUGGGACCCAGGUCGGCACCUCAGCGACCAUUCGCAGCAGCCGACGAGUCGGCUGCUGUUAUACCAGCUGCCCGCCCUACUCGACCGACCUCAUUGCUGCCCCCCUCACUGACAGCAGUUCGCCCAGAGGAGCCUUCGGACUUAGCUAUCCUAUCGACUGUUCCAGUUCCAGCGGAGGCCCAGACUAUAAUCACUGAGGCCAUCAACCAUCCCCUGUCAGAAUUAAGGUCCGACUUAUUAGACAAACUCAUUCAGACGGUUGGUGGCCUUCUUUUUUACACUCCAACGGAAUCGCCAGCCGUCCCCAUUCUGCAUCGGCUGAUGGAAAGACUUACAGAGCUCAAGACUGAAGUGUUAGUCAUUGGACUCCUGUCAGCCGAAACCCCCCAGCCCGACUUCGACCAAACAACGCUGGAGAAUUCUUUGGCUAAGACCCGAGAAUCCCUUCAGCAGACUACUGGAAGGCUGAGUGGUCUCCUUAGCACGAAAGCUCAAGUUGAUGAAGCUAUUCAGAAAAAGGAGGCAGAGUUGCGGGAGCUAAGGAAAGAACAGUCUGCCCUGGUUAAGCAAAUUACCAAUGAACAGCGUCUGCUUGAAAAAUAUACAAAGAAUGAGGCUGAAUUGGAUCAAGAGCUAAAAACCCAAGCUCGAUCCCAAUUCAUCCAAAGAUAUCAGACGGCUGCUAAUACCAGAAGGCUAUCCAGGGAUGAAAUCAAAUGGACAAAUAUAAAAACUGCUUUAGGGGCACUUUUGUAAUAGCUUCCCCUCUGUAACAACAAUUGACUUAGUAAUCCAUUUGUUCGUUCUUCUCUCAAAACAAGGAUCACCUUUCAAUUUCCAACUUUAUAGGAAUCCAAACAAACUCCUUCUUUUAAAAGAACAUUGUUUCUCACAUUUUAAGAAACAUAUUCCAAGGCAUAUUUUGAAAAUCAAAACACUUGAAGUGUUAACAAACAUGGCGAAUGACCGACCUCAUGUUCCAUCAAGCAACUGGGAGGGUGUUCUUCAACCCUUCUUUGUAGGUAAUCACCCUAUUGGAGGCCAUGCAGAAGACUUGUUACAUAUACUCAAGCAACUAGACUUCAAAUUCCGAUUCUCCCAACGAGGUAGAAGAACCAUUCAUCGCGUCAUCCGCCUAAUGGAAAAAAUCAUUGAGGGGUAUGAACCUCUCCGUGACAUCCUUGGCCGCAUUCCUGAUCUCCAUCAUCACAUGGAAAUGAUUGAAAAUCACGCAGCAACCAUACUUCCAGACCUUGGUUGGGAUAAUAUAUUUUCCAAUCAACGAAAAGUCUUCUCAAGAUUACGGACCAUUGUUGACCGUGAACAUCAAGCCAUAACAGACAUGCAAGCACGUACCAAUCAAGAUUUAGAUGAAAUGCAAAGCCAAUGGGAGAGGUACCGACCAGACUUGGAAGAUCUUAUUGAAGAAGAACCAGAAUUAAUAUCCACUCACUGGAAUGAAAAUUCUGAUUCAGAGGCAGAAAAUUUCUCACAAAUACAUGAUGACUAACAGAAAUGAACCUUUAAAUAGGUUCGAACCCCAUAAAUGGGUUCUGAAUAAUAUUUUGUUUCAGGCAGUUUUGUUAUCUGAAAAGGCAGGAUAAUACCUCUUCAGAUAUUUAGCAUUAACACAAUCAUGUACUCUUCUCCCUUCAUGAUUUACAAUAAUGAAAGCGCCAUUCCCAAUAUCUUUUUGAACAAUGUAUGGUCCUUCCCAAUUCGGUGACCAUUUUCCCAAUUGGUCAGUUUUCUUAUAUGUAGGAAGAAUGGUCUUCCAGACUAAAUCUCCUUUUUGGAAUGUCCUGUGAAGAACUUUCUUUCCGUAACUCCUUGCUCUGAUUUCACUCUGUUUCACACUUCGACUUAUUGCCUGAAGUCGGCUGACAUCCAAAUCCUCCAACUGUUGCAUCAUAAGUUGUUGGUAUUCUUUUGUAAGAUCACCAUCAGUAAACUCUGUUCGGCCAGAUGAUACUCGGAUUUCGGCUGGUAAAACAGCAUCUUGGCCAAACGUGAGUUGAUAAAGUGAGAACCCUGUGGCCGUAUUUCUGGUAUUCCUAUGUGCCCAUAAAGCCUGAGACAAUAACAAAUGCCAUUUUCUUGGGUUCCCUUCAACCAUCUUCUUUAUAAUCCCAAUAAUAAUCUUAUUUGCUGCUUCCGCUUGUCCAUUGGCUUGGGGAUAAUAAGGUGAAGAAUGAUGUAAUCGAACACCGAAUUCUGCCAAGAAACUAGAGAACUUUUCCCCUGUGAAAACCAGGCCUUGGUCGGUUGUUAUAGACUGAGGAAUGCCAUAUCUAUAAAUAAUUUGAUUCAAAACGAAGUCUAUCACCUCCUUCUGAUCCACAUUUUUCAAAGCAACCGCUUCUACCCAUUUGGUAAAAUAGUCAGUCGCGACCAAUAUGAAACAAUGAUGUUUCGAUGAAGCAGGAUGUAUCUUACCAAUAAUAUCCAUAGCCCAUGAUUUAAAAGGCCAUGGUUUUGCCAAAAAUUGCAAUUCGGUUACUGGCAAAUGGUUUAAGUUUCCAUGUCUCUGACAUUCCUGGCAGCCUUUGGCAAAUUGUAUGCAAUCUUCAAAAAUCUUUGGCCAGAAAAACCCCAAACGAUGAAUGGCCCACCUCAUAUUCAGACCUGCCCGAUGAGCUCCACAUAUCCCACCAUGUACUUCUGUCAUUACCUCUAGAGCUUCUUUAGAUCCCAAACACUUCAAAAGUAAACCUUCAAAUGAUCUCUUAUACAAAAUUCCAUUUAUCAAUUGAAAACGUAAAGCUUUCAGUCGUGUCGCAACUGAAACACUUGCACCUGGAUUCUGUAAAUACGUGAUAAGCUCUGUUCUCCAAUCGGGCACUGUUUCGCCGUCGGACUCCUGCCCGAUAGGAACUACGCAGUCGGGCUCCUGUCCGAGAAUAACCUCGCAGUCGGGCUCCUGACCGACAGUCUCCUGCCCGAUAACUUCGCAGUCGGGCUCCUGUCCGACAGUUUCCUGCCCGACCGUAACUUCGCGGUCGGGCUCCUAUCCGACAGUUUCCUGCCCGACCGUAACUUCGCAAUCGGGCUCCUGUCCGACAAUCUCCUGUUCGACCGUAACUUCGCAGUCGGGCUCCUGUCCGAUAGUCUCCUGCCCGACCAUUCGGUCACAUAUUGGGUCUGUUUUUUCUUUUAUGCCCGACUUGACCUCCGACCAAAUAUCCUCCAGAAUUCCUUUACAGGCCCUUUGAGCCAACUCAUCAGCACGUUGGUUUUCUUUCCUCGGAAUGAAUUCAAUUAUUACUUCUGAGAUUUUUGUUAGUAACCGACCCACAAUGUCCCUGUAUCUGCGAAGAUGAGGGUAAUUGCAAACAUAUUGAUUGUUUACUUGGUUGACUACUAAUUGAGAAUCCCCCCUUAUGAUUACAGACUGGACCUUCCUGGCUAUUAAAGCCUCCAAACCCAAAAUUAAAGCUUCAUAUUCUGCCGAAUUAUGGGUCAUUGCUUCCAAUCGUAGUUGUAAGUUGAUUUUUUGACCGUCAGGUCCUUGCAAAAAGACCCCUGCCCCUGAUUUGUUUCCAGAAGUAGAACCAUCAAAGAACAUCAACCAUGUUCUGGUACUUAUAUAAGGUACACAUCCGACCUGUAGAUUAUUCAAAUAUGAUGAACAACCAAGUGGUCGGGCGCUAUCACAAUGAGAAUACCCGACUUGUGAAAAUUCUGCUAAGAAGUCGGCUACUGCUUGUCCCUUGACUGCCCUCAAAGGGGAAUGUUGAAGAUCAAAAGGAGCCAAUUUGAUGGCCCACUUCAUGAGUCUGCCCUUCAUAGUAGGUCUCUGCAAAAUCAAUUUGAUGAGAUCCACCUUUGAUAUGACCUCAAUCUUUCUGGGCAGCAAAUAAUGCUCGAGUUUAGUACAAGCGAAAACCAAUGAAUAACACAUUUUUUCUGGCAUAGUGUAAUUCAGUUCUGGUCCUGUAAGGGUUUUACUGAGAUAGUAGAUUGCCCUUUCCUUCCCGUCAUCACCAUCCUGUGCCAAUAAACAGCUAACCACUUCAUAUGUAUUUGCCAAAUAAAGUUUGAGUGGCCGACCUUGUUUAGGAGGCAUCAAGACUGGAGGGUGAACCAAUGCCUGCUUGAUAGCAUCUAAAGCCAUCUGUUGAUCGGGACCCCAUUCAAACGCAUUUUUUCCAGCUUUCAACAAUUUAGUAAUGGGUCUGACCUUGCCAGCAGCAUUAGAAAUGAAACGCCUCAAAUAGUUCACCUUACCCAAAAGACUUUGGAUUUCUUUAACCGUCUUGGGUGGCCGACUGUCAAGAAUGGCUUUAGCCUUAUUGGCAUCGAUUUCAAUUCCCCUCUCAUGAACUAAAAACCCUAAAAAGCUCCCGGCUGAUAUUCCAAAAGCACAUUUGGUUGGAUUCAUUUUCAACUUGUACUUCUUCAUUCUUUCGAAUGCCUCUUCAAGAUCUCUCAAAUGUUCGUCAAAACUGGCAGAUUUAACAAUAACAUCAUCAAUAUAAACUUCCAUAGAUCUGCCAAUUAAAUCAUGAAAGAUUGAAUUCAUGGCUCUUUGGUAAGUUGCCCCUGCAUUCUUUAACCCGAAUGGCAUGACUGUCCAUUCAUAAAUACCUAAAGCCCCUGGGCACCUGAAUGCUGUCUUAGGAAUGUCUUCUUCUGCCAGAAAUAUUUGGUUAUAACCUGCAUAACCAUCCAUCAGACUAAGGACUUUGUGCCCUGCUGCUGCAUCUAUCAACAUGUCGGCCAUAGGCAUCACAUAUUCAUCCUUAGGGGUAGCUAGAUUCAAAUCCCUGAAAUCAAUGCAUAUCCUUAUCUUACCAUUUUUCUUGACCACUGGCACAAUGUUAGCCAGCCACUCCGCAUAACGGCAAGGCUGAAUGAAACCCACUUUGAGAAGUUUUUGGAUUUCUUCCUUGAUUUGAGGCAUCAGAUCCGGGCUCAUUCGCCUUGGAGGUUGUUUGUAAGGUUUACAACCUUCCUUGAUAGGCAAUCGAUGCUCUAUUAGACUCCUUGUCAAACCAGGCAUCUCUGAAUAAUCCCAUGCCAAACAAUCAAUGUUGUUUCUAAUAACUUCGAGCAUCAUUGUCUGUUGCUCUUUAGACAAAUAACCACUUAGCCUGAUCACUUUUGGAACCAAUUCGGUUCCUAAAUUAAACUCCAAUAAUGGGUCUUGUGAUGAAGCUGUUGGUUCUGUUUUUUCUAAUAAAUCGGGCCAACGAAAUUGUUCAUCUUCUUGGAGGUGAACAUCAAGAAUCUCUUUACUAUUUUUGCUUUAUGUAAUAACUGCUUUAAAUAGAACUUAUUAAUAAGAGAACUACAUACUUCUAAACUUGUAUCAUCCAUAACAAACAAAUUAUAUGGGAAUGGGCGUGGCUUUAUCAUGAGCCAUACAAUAAAAGUGUUCUUUUAAUAGAACAUCGAAUUCUGGCCAGUGACUUUAUAACCCUUGUAUGGGUAUUCCCUGGCCAUAUACAACUGAGACGUCGGAGCCAAAUGACUGGAAUAAAACACUGACUCUUCAACUUGUUCUGUUACAUCGAAUGGGUUGUCAUUCGCUUCCAUUUUGAAGACCUGAUUUCCUUCCCAGAACAUUAAUUGUUGGUGCAAGGUUGAUGGCACACAUUGAGAAGCAUGAAUCCAGUCUCUUCCCAGCAAGAGAGAGUAUGUAGUAUCUGCGUCCACAAUAAAGAAAACAGUGGAGAUCUUUUUCGGUCCGACUUCAAUUGUGGCAACCAUCAUGCCUUCAGGCUUAGUCGGCUGCCCUGUAAAACUUGUCAUUUCGAAUUCCACAGGAGACAAAUCAUGAAUUCCUUUCCCUAGCUUCUUGAGAGUCUUCAAUGGCAUAACAUUAAAGACUGCCCCAUUAUCCACAAAAACCUUUGUGAUUGGUUUCCCGCAUAUAUGAGCAUUAACAUACAGAGGUUUCAAAUGGGAGAUCGCACCCUCUGGAAUAGGAGGAAACACAAUCGAAGGUGCCUCCGUUUGAGGCUCGGAAUCUGUAAUCUUUGCCCACUCUGUUUCCUCUAAUUCAUCAUCUACCAAGAAUGCCCAUAAAGGUUCGUCCAUAGUAUCAUCUACCAGACUUGCCCACAUCGGUUCAUCUCUCAUCUGAUUAAUCUCUGUCAUUCGACAAGGGAUUCGUGGUCCCAGACGAGAUUUAACCGAUCUUGAACUUUCCUCUGUAGUUACAACUUCUCCCUUUGUCUUAUCCCGAAAUUGAACCGUCAAAGAUUCUAUGCGGAAUUCCUCAAGAGAUGGAUUGAUGUUGAUCCGUUCACAAUGUUGGCAUCGAAAUCCUCUAAUUAUUUCAUCUGCCAUUCCUUUACCUUUCCCCUGUCCCGACGAACUUCUUUUGGUAUAGUCGGAAGCGCCUAAUCCGUCAUUCGGUUGCUUUCCUGACCAGACCCGACUGGACCGACCAAUUGGAGACUGAAUGGCUGCUCCCUGCUCGUCGGUCGUUUGUUCUGUAAAGACUCUAAUGGACUGAUCUCCUGCCAAGCGGUCGGCUGCUUUUUGUUCGUCGGUUCGUUGUUUUACUGAAGGAACUCGUUUCCCAUACUUUGCAGCAUACCUGCGUUUGGCGUUGCGGAUCUGUGUACGAUUCAUACCUGGGAAACGAGGAUCUAUAUCAACGGGUAAAGGCUUUUUAUUUCGAGCCCAAUUGUUCCCGACUGAACCUGUUUUUCUGGUCGGGUGGUCACGCACUAAAACCUUUUCUUUCACCUCCACGUUAAAAGAACCGUCUGGACGGUCCCAUUUUUCAGCGACUGGCCUUUCAACAACUUUGAAUCGUUCUUCCGGUCGGCUGCUGUUUGGCUGAUUUCCUUUCUUUGUUCCGGGGCUUGCCUGAGUUCGUUCCCCUGGUUGUCCACUAUUGGCCGAACUUUUCCCUGUUUCCGAACUUGGUUGGAUGUCAACCAUUGCCGUUGUUACUUUCGGAAACGGUUGCUGGUCUACACCUAGAGUGAUGUAUUUGAGCCGACCUGUCUUGAUGGCCUUUUGAAUUUCUUUCCUGAAAUGAGUACACUGACUUGUAGUGUGCGUGAAAGAAUUAUGCCACUUACAAUAUGGUCUCCCUUUGAUUUCUUCUUUAGUGGCCAAUCUUUGCCCCUUUGGAAUACGGAUCUGCCCAUCAGUCAGUAGGAUAUCAAAGAUUUCAUCAGCUUUCGAACUAUCAAACGUCGGUUGCUCCUUUCCUUCAGAUCCUGGUACUGGCUUCAAUUUGGGGCACACAUAAGGUUUUCCAGAAAGGAUUUCGGCUGCCAUCUCUUCUGACUGAUUAAAAUCAAAGUCACAUGUUUCUGUUCCCAUACUCGCCAUAUGUUGGCCUCUAUUACGCCUGUUAUGCUGAUCUUCCUCUCUGAACAAAGACUCUAAACGUCCUGCCUUGGAUGCAAGACUUGCCAAAUCCUCAACAUCCAGGGCAGUGAGUGCCUUUCUUAAGCGAGUAUGCAUAUUCCGGACCACUAAAUUGGUCAUCUCUUUCUCACUGAUCACCGUAGGACAUCGUCCCUUCAUCAGUCGCACCCUUUCUAUAAACUGUGAAGCAGAUUCUUCUGGAUACUGUCUCAAUUCUAGUAGAUCAGUUAAAGAAACAAUUGGUAAAGGGUUGAAGAAUCUAGCAUGAAAUGCCAUCUCCAGCCCUUCCCAUGUCUGAAUUUGUCCAGGAGGCAGACUUGCAAACCACGAAAAUGCUGUUCUAGUAAGAGAUAAACCAAACAGCUGCAGCUUAUAAAAAGGGUUAUUGCCAACUUCCCCUAAUUGUGCUGUGAACCGACCAACAUGUUCUAUGGUGGAAGAUCCGUCCUCCCCUGAGAAUGCAUGAAAAUCGGGUGGUCGAUAAUUCCUUGGGAGAGGGUGUUCAUUAAUGAUCCUUUCUGGGAAAGGUCUCUGAUAUGCAGGGCGGUUAGCCAUCUGAGGAGUUAAUCCAUACUGAUCCCUUAAUAUAUGUGCAAUCUCAUCAGGAUCUACAUGAAAGCGUUGAUGAUCAGGAACAUGGAACGGAUCCUGCACAGGAAUAUGAAUAUGAUCAUGUAUAUAUCCUUCAGGCCUGUCCUCCCUCGUAUUGUUUGGCUGCGGAUUGGUAACCCUUGGUCCCAGUGGAACAUUGUUGGGAAAAGUCAAAGGAGAUUUCCCCUAUCCAUUCGGUUGGGAUUUGUGGCACUUGGGAAUGUACUAUCCACGAAUGAUGGCCCUGCGAAAUUUGCCUGUGGUCUGGACGGUGACACUCCUGGUGGCGUUUGAGUGGGCUGAAGACUAACCCUUGACAGUGCUUGAUCUAUCAUGUUCUGCAUCAGACUCUGUUGCUCACGCAACAUGUUCGUUUGUUGUUCACGCAACAUAUUCUGCAUAACCAAAGUAUGCUGGUUGUUCAUUUGUUGAACAUAAGACCACCAAUCAGUUGGUGGUUGUGGGAUUUCCCCGGCAUUUGGCACAAUAGGUGGUGGAACGGAUUCUCCCACCGGUGCCGAAGAUGAUUGUGGUUGUGAACCUGCCAUAUGGACCCUUCCGAUGAUUCGGCCGGAUCUUAGACGUAUGAAAUUAUCGCCGGGAUUGGAAUGAGCAAUUUUGGCUUGCUCCCACUGUGGUCGCCAAUUUGUUGAUGUAAUUUUUCAACAAAAAUAAAGUAAAAUUCAAAGAUAUAGAAAAUAUCCUUAAACUUGAUUAAUUAGUGCCUGAGAU